GUAGAUGGAUGAAAGCAAAAGGGUAUUGCCGUGCUGGCUCAAACCAGAAGAAUCAAAAGGGUAGCACCAGAUCUUGAUCGCAUACGUUUCGCGAAGAAACCCCAGCGAGGCGGUGCGGCCACUUGCCCCUGCUUUCUACGAUCGAACAUUUUCUCUCGGUUUACUUGUCUCCACCGUCUCCUGUUCAACUUCUUCCGAAUCAAACAGUUUGGAUACACUACCUGGCGCCUAAUAUUCACGUGGGAUAGAAUGCAAAUAGGUUGAUUGUUUAUGCUCUCAUUAGUUUUGGGAAUAGACUGCCCAACUCUGGCAAAAGACCUUGUAUGGCCCGUGGGAGCUGAAGGUUCCUGGCUUGACCAUGGAUCAUUAAUGUUACCUGAUGUAAUGUUCCGGACGUCCUCUCACUAUAGCUAGCACCAUCUUCCUUAGCUGCAAUCAGCUUCCUCUCAACAUAAAUGGCAGAUCAUCAUUCAAUUGAAGGCUCGAGUCCAAGUGAUGUUUAUGGCGAAAACUCAGAAUCAAUGGUGGAGCUGAAUUUAAAGACUCUAGAUUCACAGAUCUAUAGCUUUAAAGUGGAUAAAAAUAUUCCAGUUUUACUGUUCAAGGAGAAAAUUGCCAGUGAAAUUGGUUUGCCAGUUGGACAGCAGCGGUUGAUAUUUAGGGGAAAAGUGUUGAAAGAUGAUCACCCGCUUUCCGAAUAUCAUGUUGAAAAUGGGCAUACGUUACAUUUAGUUGCCAGGCAGCCUUCUGAAUUGCAGCCUCCUCCUGUUUCAAGUUCUGGAGAGACGAGUGCAAUUAAUAGUAAUAGAGGACAAGAUGCAAAUGCUGCAGGUCCACGCAUUGGGCAAAUAUCACAUAGCGUAGUACUUGGGACCCUUAAUGUUGGGGACCAAGGUGAAGGCAUUGUGCCAGAUCUGUCCAGGGUUAUUGGGGCAGUUUUGAAUUCUAUUGGAAUUGGGAACCAAACUGCAACCGGUGUUAUCGGCGGUGUACAACCUACCAUGCAGUUCAGUACUGCUUUUCAGGCUCCUCAAGGAAGUGCAACAGAAGGUGCACGAAAUAAUACUGGCCCUCAGGGCCAAUCUGGUACUCAGGCACAGCCUGGGCAUGCCUUACCAAAUCAAUCCUUGCCCCCGGCUUUGCAAAUCCCAGUUGGAGCAGCUGUACCUCUCCCUUCUCUUAAUGCGCCCAUUCCUGAUUCUCUGCACACACUUUCAGAGUUCAUGAGCCGCAUGGAGCAAGCAUUAUCACAGAAUGGUUAUCUUCCAAAUCAGUCACCAAGCAACAGUGAAGAUCUGACAACAGGGGAACUGCCUUCAAAUACACGUGGGGUGUCAACACCUGCAGCGUUAGCUCUUGUUCUUCGACAAGCACAACGUCUUUUGAGUGGUCACACUAUUGCUGCAUUAUCUCAUAUUGCAGGACGUCUGGAACAAGAGGUUAGUUCUACUGAUCCGGCAGCAAGGGGUCAAAUUCAGACUGAAUCAAUGCAAGUAGGACUUGCAAUAAACCAUAUAGGUGCUCUUCUGCUAGAGCUUGGCCGGACAAUUCUGACACUGCGUAUGGGACAAUCUCCAGCUGAGUCUUUUGUGAAUGCUGGGCCUUCUGUGUAUAUAUCUCCAUCAGGGCCAAAUCCUAUAAUGGUUCAGCCAUUUCCACUUCAAACCAACUCCCUUUUUACUGGAUCUGCUGGCGGUCCAUCAAAUACUGGGACUCCAGGUUCUGUUAGUAUUGGUGCAGUUGGUGUAGGAACCGUUCCAAGACAUGUGAACAUUCAUAUUCACACUGCUGUUGGUCCCAGGACAUCUAAUGUAGAAGGGGUGCACGGAGAACAUGUUAAUCGAUCUGGUUCUGGAGAUUCAGGCCAAACACGGGUAUUGCCUGUGAGAAAUGUUAUUGCAGCAGUUGUCCCAUCUCGACCUCCUGUUACAGUUUCCAGUGCUUCUCAAACUGGUUUUUCUGUUUCACAGCCACCACCUGAUUCUCUUCCACUAUCUAAUGUUAUAGCUGAAGUGAAUUCACGAAUCAGAAACUUUGUUGAUGAUAGGCAGAGUGAAAAUCUGGCUCCAUCAGGUCAAUCAGAGAACUUUAACGUUCAGAAUACAUCCGGUGCUGGCAAUGGGGGGAACAAUCAACUUACAAACUUGGCUGACAAUGAAGGUGGAGAGGUGGAUCUAUCUGUCCCCACUGGUACACCUGAGAGGGAGAGCCAGAAGGCACAUCCUCACAGCCAACAAACUAGUAACCUUGAGGUUUCAGAAAUUGGUUUGAAUUCAAGGGACCAGCCUUCUAGUAGCUCAGUCGAAGGCUCCAGUAACUGGUCAAAUAGAGAAACGGUACUAAAAUUGGCAGAUGAUUCAGCAUAUGCCUCAAGAUCUAGUCAGGGAAAUGAUAAUCCAGAGGGUGCAACAGCUGUCCCACUUGGUCUGGGGCUGGGGGGUUUGCAACCUAAGAGGCGGAGUAAGCAACCAAGGUCCCAAAACAAGGUUAGUGAUGGACAAACUUCUAGUUCUUCCAGUCAAAACCAACAAACAAGUUCAAAUGGCCAACUUGUCUUGCAAUCUCUGGCAUCUCUUGCAAACAGUGGGAAUAGGAGUACACCAUCCUCAGGAUUGCCUCCAGCAAUGGGGCCUAUCACGGAAAGUGUUCAAAUAGGAGGACAAGGUCCUGAUGGCCAGCAGUUAGAUGCAGCAAGUGCUAUGUCUCAGGUUCUUCAGAGUCCUGCUUUUGGUAGUCUACUAGCAGGGGUUUCACAGCAGACUGGUGUUGGUUCUCCUAAUGUCUUGAGGAAUAUGUUGGAACAAUUUACUCAAAGCCCUGCUAUGAGGAAUACAGUUAAUCAGAUUGCUCAACAAAUUGAUGGCCAAGAUCUUGGAAAUAUGUUUUCAGGUUUUGGAAGAGGCCAAGGUGGUGGGUUUGAUCUGACAAGUAUGGUGCAACAGAUGAUGCCCGUUGUUUCUCAGGCCCUCGGUGGUGGCUCCACUAUUCCUCAGACUAUGCCUGUCGUAGACCCUAAUCCUCAGGCACAGUAUAAUGAGAGAGAUUUAAGCAGAGACGAGGAAGAAAAUGAUAAACAUUCUCAGAUUGACCUAGAUGAAGUGACACAAAGAAUUGAACACCAGGUUCCACCUGAAGAUAUUUUCCGUUCGAUAGUUGAAAGUGCUACGCAUUUAUAUGACGAUAGGAGCGAUGGAGAUGAUCUUGUGAACCAACUGUGCAGUGAGGAGGGCCUUGCAAGUGAAUAUUUGGAGGUUCUUUGUGAUGAUCUUCAACGACGACUUCUGGGUGAAAAAGAUUAUGCAGGAAAAUCAUGAUUACCUUGUAUCAUCAAGGACGGUUCGCAAUGUUAUUGUGAUUAGCAAGGAUUAAUUGGAGUUCCCGGUGACUAUGGCCGUUCAAAUUUGGUUGUUUUGAGAAUCCUUGUAUAAAUAGGUUUUGUUUGAUUUAUGUUUUAGCUGAUAAUGAUAUGGUUGCUUCAUUGGAUGGAUUCAUGUUUAUUAUUCCAUUCCAGUGUAAUGGGAUAGAACCAGCUUUAUACACUUCCCAUGUGCCAUGGGGAAGUUUUUCUGUGAAAUAUUUAAAGUGGACAGAUAUUUUUAUAUUGGAUUUUCUUGUAUCGUUCUCGUUUCUUUUUCAAAGUUGGAAGCAUUUUAAUUU